UAUUGUGAUCAAGGAUUUUUGUGCGGAUUGCGUCGGCGUCUUAGAUCCAUAGCGAAUUGGCGCAAGGUGAUAGGGCAUGAAGCUUCAGCUCAUUCACAACCCAUUUGCUGCUUAUCCCUUGUCGUUCUUCACUUUGGGACAUUAAUUGAACGAAGAAAAAUUCAUGAGCCUAGACAUAGAAAGGUAACCACUAAAUGCGGCCAUCAAAGGUGAAGUUGCCCGCGAAAUGCCACUGUCGUCGACUGCCCAAUCGGGCAAAGCCGCGAUAAAGCGACCGUGGAAGGUACCACCAAACCCCCUUCGUUAUCAGCAUCCAUGUACGGCAGCAAACUUUGUCCUACACACGCCGUUGGAUCAUGUGCCAUUAAGCUUUUGCCAGCUUUCGACCCAAGUCGUCCAUCCGUUCCAUCAAUCACUUUGAUCCUUAUCAAUCCAGUCUUUCCCCAGUCUUAUCAGCACCCCGAUCGUGCUUGCCCCGUCUGCAGCCACCGCUAUCACCACCUUCACUUUUUUUGACGCACACACAGAUCGGAUUCUCUCGUUUUCAUGUCAUCGUGAAUUCAUUAAUAGCAGUCGAAUCCAUCUCGAUGGCGUCGUCUAGGACUCGGACACUCCUCCCCACAACAAUCUCUUUCAUCCUCCCGCUGUCGCUCCGCCUCACGGGCAUCAAUCUACAUCCUCUGCCAAUAUUCAUUGCAAUCGGCAUCUAUGCGCUGGUCUCGGAGAAGGGAUAUCGCUACUCGCUAAACCGCUGGAGCCCCGAGUUCUCAGAAUAUACAGGCCCGUUCUCGCAUGUCGGCGUGUGCGUACUCGCGCAUAUCUUCGUGGAAGGGGUUCCAGGAUGGCGCGGGGAAGUUGUGUUCUGGAGCGUGUUUGUGAGGUGGGCAGUGGGGUUGAAAAAAGUGCAUCGAGAGGGUGUCGAUGUCUACAGAAGCGCUUAUGCUAUGCACUUUCGAGCAGCGCGUGUGAGGAGACUGCAUGCUGUGCUGGCUGCUAGUGUUUCUACGGCUUUGCUGUAUUCGAAGAGCAUGGACUGGAUUCAUACGGCGGUUGUGUGGUUGCACUUCUAUCACAGCAUGGGGUAUAUGUUUGCUCUGGCGGUGUACUUCUGCUGCCCGGACUGGCGUCGCGACCUGGUGGAAGAGUGCAGGAAGAGGGAGCUGUAUUGUGAGUUGUCUGAAAGGUUCAAGCAAUACAGAACAGUCAAGGAGGCUUAGG